AUGAUCGCUGAUCCAGCGACCACUGUUCAUCUUCCAGGAAGGGUGUCUUUUGAACAAGGUGCACCGCUUAUGUGUGCAGGCGCCACGGUAUGGGGCGCACUCCAGAAGCUAAAGCCGGACGUUCAACCAGGAGAAACAGUCGCAAUCGUGGGCAUAGGUGGUCUUGGACAGCUCGGAAUCCAAUUUGCAAAAGCUAUGGGUUACAAGACGGUAGCCAUCGACAACCGAUCAGAAGGCCGUCGGCUGGCAACUGAAGUAUCUUCCAACUUGAAGCCCGAUCUUGUUGUCGAUUCUUCAGCCUCGGAUGCUUCAAAUAAGAUUCUAAACUUCACAGCGGGCGAAGGACUUGCAGGCAUUGUGGUCUGUACAGAUUCUAUUGCAGCAAACACCUGGAGUCUACAACAACUAGGCAAUGGAGGCGUGAUGGUACCAGUGGGCCUACCGAAGGACAAAUGGCAAUUCGACACAGAACCUAUCGUCUUCCGUGAACUGACUAUUCGAGGUGUAUAUGUAGCUGGGAGGGAACAAGUGGAAGAGAUGUUGAAAAUUGUGGCCGAACACAACAUUGCAUCUCAUGUCACUACCAUUCCCUUCGACCAAAUACCAAGUCUGGUCGCGAAGUACACAGACCCGGCUAUGAAGGGACGACUGAGAGUCUUGAUCGUCACAGCAAACAUCAAAGCCUAUAUCAUGUCAGUGUUCUUUGAUUCUCCAUUGAGCGACGAUGCUAUACCCGAAGGCGAGGCUGAGUUGCUUCUAGCCAAUAUUGGUAUCACAGAAGGGUUGUCAAUAAGAGAGUCAGGUGAAUAUCGACAAUUGUUAGCCGCAGUGCACGACGUUGCCGAGCAUGUCCUUGCUCUACCAGACUACACUGCACGGGCGAAUACCGAAAGGUAUCCACGAAAGAACAUAAUACGCCCUUCUCCUGAAGAUCAAGAUUAUGGCGCUGCCUGGGCGCAUAAGUUUUCGAUUAAGGGUAAUCCAAGAGGGACGUUGUUAAAGGGCAAAACGGUUUGUCUGAAAGACAAUAUAGCCGUAGCCGGCGUUCCUCAAUUCUUUGGCACUGAUGCUAUUCCGGCAUGGACUUCUGGUGCAGACGCCACGGUUGUCACGCGUGCAUUGGAAGCAGGCGCAGAUAUCGUCGGCACAACGAUCUGUGAAAAUUUCUGUAACUCGACAUCUUCAUACACAAGUGCACAAGGAACUGUCCACAACCCUUAUGCAGAAGGCUAUUCCGCCGGUGGCAGUACAUCCGGUGGUUCAGCAUUGGUUGGAGGAGGCUUGGUAGAUAUCGCUAUCGGUGCCGAUCAAGGAGGCAGCAUUCGUGUGCCAUCGUCGUUCUGUGGCUGUGUCGGGUUGAAGCCAACACACGGACUUGUUCCCUACACUGGGAUCAGCUCCUCAGACGCCAUCAAUGACCAUGCUGGUCCAAUUGCGAGGAAUGUGAGAGAUGUUGCAGUUUGUCUAGAUGCCAUCAGUGGACGAGACGAUUACGACGACCGGACACUCGGAGCUCCUCUUUACGGGUCAACAACAUUUUCCAAAUCCCUACGGAGCUCGGUUGAAGGUUUCAAGAUAGGCAUACUAAUUGAAGGAUUCGAGCAUCGGUUGGUGGACCCUCUCGUGAAGCAGACAGUUCUAGACGCCAGCUACGCUUUCCAAAACCUCGGUGCUAAAGUUGAAGAAGUAUCUCUGCCUCUACACCUGGAAGGUCCCGCUAUCUGGACGAUCCAGGCAAGAAUCGCCGGUACUCUCGGCUUGAUGGGAUUUGCGCACGGUCGACGCGGGCUUUUCUCCACCGAAUACGAAGCUGCUCGCCAACCAUGGACAAGUGCAAGCUUCCAGAAGCUCUUCCCAUCAACCAAGAAUACCAUGAUCAACGGUCUCUCGCUCAUGAAGAGCUAUCCCGGCCUGUAUGCCAAAACUAUGAACAUAGCACAGCAAAUCCGCGACUCCUACGAGAAACUGUUCCAGGAGUAUGACCUCAUCGUUAUGCCUACAACUCCCUUCGUCGCGCCUUCAAAUAUAGAGUGGAAGCAGGGAGACUCACCCAUGGCUGCACUCAAGCCAAGCAUGGGCAUUACAAUCAACACAGCGAUAUUUGAUGUCACAGGUCAUCCGGCAAUGUCACUCCCUGUAGGGUUUGCGCCAAGCAGCGAAGAUCCUAAUGUGAGACUUCCAGUAGGAAUGCAACUCGUUGGAGGAUUGUGGCAGGAGCAAAAGAUACUAGAUGCAGCACUCGCGUGGGAGACCGCAAACCAGUGGAGAACGAUCGGUACCCAGAACGCCGAAAUUCAAAAGCUUCCUGUGAAGCUAUAA